AUGAAGAACCGCGUAGCCCACAUGCGAACUGGUCUGGAAUUUUAUUCACAUGUCACCGAUCUGGCGAAUUCUGGUCCGUUGUUGACCCCUGCAGAAGCUUUCUAUACGACGAAGAUCCUAGCGAGACGGGACGGUGGUGCCAAUGAAGAUAUGCCAGUUUCGCUCGUCCUCCUGUCUGAGCUCGAGAAUCGGCUUGACUACGUUGACACGUACCAGCACUGGGGUUACGAAUUCAGCGACGGUCAAGCACUUCAAGUGUUGAAGGACCAUGGAAUAAGUCAAUUGAAUAUGCGCGAGAUGUUCCAAAGGCUUCGAGACGUCCUUGGCAUAAAGUACCGCGCAAACAUAUUCUGA